GGAAGAGACUUCCGAGAUACCGCUAGAACAAACGAUCCACGACGUUGGCAUUAGUGGUAACGAGUCGAGCUUAUUUUAGAACGCGAGAACGCAGCGCACGAACGAGUCGUGAACGUUCCGCGUAGUACGCAAACUGGAUUUGACGGUUCUCCUCCGGUGGUAGUCGUUGCGCCAGGAAGCUUGACCGAGUGGAACGAUUUACGGGACAUUUAUGUGAGAACGCAGUUGAGCGAACAUGGUGUCGGUGAUGCAACCGUACAUGGACAUCGAGAGCUCCAGGAGCUACAUCGAUGAGCUAUAUUCGCCUGACCCGCAAAAAUGCUUGGAAGCGAUUAUAUGUCUCAAGAAUUCGGUGAUCGGUAGCAACAGGCAAAAAGGUUCAGUUAUAGCUCAAGGUGUGGUGCCUCGACUUUUGCAACUACUUGGAGACAAGUCUGGUACCAUCAGUGAUCGUAUAAGAUUAGAGUCGGCGGUAACGUUAGGUUCCUUGGCCAAGGGGACGGAUCAGCACGUAUUGGCACUUAUAGACUUAGGUGUAGUUCCACUGCUCCUUAGCGUCUUGGUCUCUUCGCCGACUCCUGAAAUUGUCACUGAUGGCAAGCUGAAAGUACUAGAUUUAUUGCAUGAGGCCUGCUUGCGAUGUCUACGCACGGUAUUUCAGCACGCAGCAGCACCGGUUCAUUCAAUUUAUCAAGAUCCUGCAUUGGUACCAAGAUUAUUGUCCUUAGCAAGUCGAUCUGUUACCUGUCAAGUCUGUGUCGCGACAAUCUUAACUACAGCUUGUAAGACAACAGAGGAACAAAAUGCUCUAUCGAAAGGUGGAGCGGUAGAAACGCUGGCGACACAGUUGGAUUCCUCUCUGUCAGACGUUCAACUACCAGCUCUAGCCUGCUUAGCAAACAUGUGUUAUCAGAAUCACAUGGUAUCGGCUAUGGUCGCUUCAGCCAGUACAAGCAAUACUGUCCAUGGUAGAUUGGUACCUAUUGCGCUAGGCCAAUUAAUGGGACGCGAGAAGAGCUCAUUGAUACAGCUUGAAGCGGCAAGAUGCAUUGCGUAUAUGCACAGAGCCGGCGCGUUGCCGUCUAAUGAUCCACGAGUAGUAUACCGUGCUUUACCUUGUCUCGUUCGUUUGUGUCAUCGGGACCGACCACCACGCGAGAGAGUUGCUGCAGCCGAGACACUUGCAUAUUUGACUGAGGUCGAUACAGAUCUGCAGCGUUUAGCUUCCAUUAGUAAUCAUUUGAUACCAACUCUAGCAGAAUUGCUGAGACCACAUCCACAAGUACAGGAUGCGACACUAACACAAGAUAUGCGACAAGCUGCGUUUAGAGCAUUUGCAUCUCUUGGAGCAAACGAUGAAGAUAUCCGAAAGCGUAUUAUCGAAACGGAGAGUCUUAUGGAACAAGUCGUCUCUGGUCUACAAGAUCCUGGAGGAUCCCGCGUUCGUUUAGCCGCGGUUAGGUGUUUGCAUUCCCUGUCAAGGAGCGUGCAACAGCUUCGCACUACGUUUCAGGAUCAUGCAGUAUGGAGGCCGCUUAUGCAGUUGUUACAUGGAGCGGACAAGGGGUUGGAGGGUAGAGGCGAAGGUGAAGGUGAUUUAUUAACUGUUGCCUCGAGUACUUUAUGUAAUUUACUAUUGGAGUUUAGUCCAAGCAAAGAACCAAUUCUCGAGUCUGGCGGAGUAGAGUUAUUGUGUUCUCUUACUAAACGCCCCGAAUCAGCACUCCGACUGAACGGCAUUUGGGCCCUAAUGAACGUGGCCUUUCAAGCGGAUCAACGUGUAAAGUUGCAAAUACUUCGGCGCUUGGGCACAGAUCAGAUCUUUCGUCUCUUGGCUGAUCCUGAAUUAGACGUUCUGAUGAAAACACUGGGCCUCUUGCGAAAUUUACUUUCCACUAAAGCUCACAUAGAUCGCAUAAUGGGCGAGCAUGCUACGCAUGUUAUGCAAGCGGUCAUUCUAGUAUUGGAAGAUCCAGAACACCCGGCAGAUGUCAAAGAGCAAGCACUUUGCAUUUUAGCAAACGUAGCCGAUGGCAAUCAAGCUAGAGAUCAUAUUAUGGCUAAUGACGAUGUUCUUAAGAAACUUAUGGAUUAUAUGAUGCAUAGCAACGUGAAACUGCAGGUCGCUGCAAUUUUUUGCGUAUGCAACCUAGUCUGGAGAGAAGAACCCGGCGCUGCGCAACGGCAAGCACGUCUGAGAGAAUUAGGAAUUCAUCGUAUUUUGCAACAAUUACGUCACACAAAAGACACUCAAUUAUUCGAGAAAGUCAAGACUGCCCUAUCGCAAUUCUACGAACCUUGAAUUUGGGACGUAUCGCCGAUGAAGAUUAGGUUAUGAUUUCAAGUGUCUUUUAUAUUUAAAGUAAAGUUUACGAGUUUAAUAUUAAUACUGUGAUCACCUCGGUUGACGAUGUAUAAUCGAAAGUUACAAGCGAACAAACUGAUAUUUCUGAGCCUAUGCCUGUAAUCUAUCACUGUAGUAUUUAUUUAAUUUAAUAGGAGAAAAUUAAAGGAUACAAAUAAUUUGUUUAUUGAUGUUAACAGAAAUGUUUGAUAUUUACAACAUUGAUUUACAAGCAGAGGCUUCAGAUGUGGAUUGCCGUAUGCAAUAAUAGUUAAAGGGAUGACUAAAACCAUAAAAAGAAAUUGAAAUAAAUAGAAAGCAAAUGCA